GAAGAAGAUGUUCGUAAUACCAUAAAUUUCAAUAUAUGUAUGGUAUUGAAUGAUCUUACAGGACCAGACUACGUAUAUUCAAGGAAAUCUACUGACACUCCCGGCAUACCAGAUUUCAACUGUCAUCUCGUGGGUUCAUUGAUCUUGGUGAUGGAGGCUAAAAGAAAACAUGUUUUAGAAGAUAUGGGGAACAGACAUUUCCCGAAUUUUAUCAGAUGAGUAAAGACAAGGAUGUAGUUCAACAAAUCUAUAAUUAUAUGGGAGGAAACGAACUUAGAUAUGGUAUUCUCUCUACCUAUGAUAAUCACUGGUUUCUACGUCGAGAGCAUGCAAAGCUCUGGAUUUCAAAAACUCUUCCACUUCAGUCUGCAUCUCCACCAGUUCUCAAGGCGUAUGCAUAUCUAACUCGACGGGCAAAAGAGAAUCCCAAGUCUCCUAAACCUCAAGUAGUAGUGCCUGUUCAAGGGGACAAUGAUUCACAUACUCUUCAGUCACACUCAAAGUCAUCUUCCAACUCCUCAUUAAAUCAAAAGGCUUUUAGCUCCUCAUUAAAUAAUCAGUUUUCCAGCACCUCUGCGAAUCAACAAUCUUCUCCUGUAGACCAACAAGAUUAUAGCUUCACGGACUUCAAGUUUAAUGGCAUACUAGGUGAAAGACGAAGUGGUAAAACGCUCCUAUGCGAAUUUCGUGGUGAUACAAUUGCUCUGAAGAGCAUAAACUUGUCGAAGGCUCCAUUGUAUAUUCUGAAAGAAAUGCAGAAGGAAGUAGAAAUGUACAAAGAUCUAGCUGAUAUUCAAGGCAAGUAUAUCCCAAAGCUGCUUCUUAUCGGCUUAACCAUUGUUAGCACUAUGUUGAGCAACCAAAAAAUUACGGAACAGCAAAAGUCAAGGGCUAUUAAGGGAUUAGAAGCAAUCCAUGAGCAUGGUAUCCUCCACAAUGAUAUUCGGAAGGAAAAUAUCUUAAUUAACGAUAAAGGUGCCCUAUACCUGAUUGACUUUGGGAUGGCAAGCCAGAAGGACACAAAAAAGAAGAGAAAGCUUUUCGACGAGGAAUAGCUCAAAUUAUCUCAAUUGCUAGAUGGAUAUAUUGUGUAAGAAUUUAUUAUUUUACAAAUUCCUGUACUACGAUUACUUGUAAUCCUAAUUUCUUAUAAUUAAUAAUCAUGUAUUUUACAGACAUUUCGUAAAUAAGGAGGGGUGAACUUUCAAGUCACGUAAAUGUAAGGUGGUUAGUUAGACUGUAGGGAUAUAUAUUAGACAUUUAUAUAGAAGCAUCAUGUAUCA